GCUGCCUGGUGAUGAUCAUUGAUGCUCAGAUUUGUGAUUGUUUGAGUGAAGUGAAGACUGUGAAGCCGUGUUUCAGAGCACAGUAAAGCCAGCUUGACUUGUAAACAAUCAUAGCUGAUUACAGUAAAUACCUAUUUAAUUUCUGUUACUUAAUCGUUCAAAGUACAGAGGGUUAUUCAGCCAAGUGUGUCUUCGAUUUUUUCCAAACUGGAUAAUGGGCAUUUUUGCCUGUUACAAUAGUAACAAAUUUUGCUGUUAAAACUUACGGUUAAUCUGUUUGUUCGAAAUGAAGCGUUCAAAAUCUAGCGCAGUCUUUAAACGACCCAGUGAAGCGGUAUUACGGAAAAGUUUCCAAAGCAAACGUGCUUCCAACUUCCAAUCUGGAACGCGCAGACGAGUUACAAAAUCCUCAUCCAACGCCGAUGAUCAUUAUGACAACUCGGAGAACGCCCUGGGAAAAAGCGCCGUACGCUACCAACCGCAACCAGCCGACGGACAGCUGUCCAAUCUGUCGCCGGAAGAAGACUGGCGCUUAUGGUGGAAGGCGCCGCUCCCGAUGCGACACCAUACAUGGGAAACCGAUGCGGAGAAAGAGCGCAAGCAUGAACUCAUCCAGCAGGUCAUCAAUGGUUUCCCCCAUGUGCCACACCAACUAGACACCGCCCGUUUGAAAGCCGUUAUUUCCGAGCUGAAUGUCGGUUUCCGUGUCGCCAGUCUCUUGCCAACAUUGCUGUUCACGGACGAUCCGGCCAAGUUGGACGUGUUGGGUGACGAUGUCAAUCGCACACUGCAGCUGUUCCGUUUGCAACUGGAACUGGCGACCAAUGCCAUCAUGCCGCCCGAAAUUGUACAAUUUUCGGAGGAGGAACUGGGAAGUGAGGGUUUAGGCCGGGAAUCCUUUGAUGCGUCCGAAAGCGACUUGGAAGUGCACGCUUCGGAGUCACUGACGGAAGACGACCAGGUGGCUGAGGGCAGCGAUAUUCGCAUCGCGACCGAUUUCGACGGGGCGUUGUUUUCGUUUAAAGAGACCUUCCAUACAUUGUGUUUGGCUUUCCGCGAUUCGUGUAAUUACGAUUUAUUGGCCAAAGCAGAACGCGUCUUUGGGCAUACGACGAAGGAAUUACCUACCUGGCCAGUGGUUUCUGAGCUUCGUGAUUUGACGCACAUAAUUAUGGAACUAUUGCUCAACGGACUGCAGUCAACUCCCUUUGAUACACGUGAGUUGCAAAAGGUCAGUGACCAGAUGACGGAAGCCACCAAAACUGCCGAGGGCAACAAGCGACUGGUCCGGCACGAAUACGAAGGGAUCAUGCACAAGUACCGCAAGGAACAACAACUGCUAGCCGGAAGUAUCAGACAGGGCGAGCGACAGGUCGAGGCGCGGCUUAGAGAACUGCAGGAGGCCAGAGCCACUGCGCAGACCAAGAUUCGCCGCCAAGUGGGCGACGACAGCAAACCUCACGAAGCCAAACUCGCAAGAAUGGAGAAAGAUGUCGAAGAAACUGUCAGUUUUAUUUCCAGUCAGAAUAAGGAGCGUUAUCUUCUAGAAACAGCUCAUAUGUCACAACUUCGCGAUCACGGUGCUCUGAUGGCGGCUGACGAAAAGAAUAUUCUGGAGAACUGCGUCCAGUUAAAGGCGGAAAUAAUUGCUUUAUUGGAGAGAAAGGAAAUGCUGGAGACAAUUCUUGCUAAAAUGAAGGAAGAAGAGCAGUCGGCUGAGAAAGAAAUGCUGGAGCUGGUCAAAGAUCGUCAGGAGCGCGACGAGGGGAGACGACGUGCCGAAGCGGAAGCACUCCGGCGACACAAAGCGGCCAUUGUCAUACAGAAGUGGUGGCGUGGAUAUAAAGUGCGCAAAAUGCUCAAGAAAGGGAAGAAGAAAGGCAAAGGAAAGGGAAAAGGCAAAAAGGGAAAAGGGAAGAGCAAAAGCAAGACACCCACUACUCCUGCCAAAGCUAAAGGGAAAUCGAAAAAGUAGUGCACAGAGACCAACUAAUAAAGUACAGCUUAGCUUUUUUUAUAUUUUGCUUAUUGACAGAUGACAGGUAUAAAUUGCGUAGAUCGUUCGACUGUUGGUCAUUUCUUGAGUAAAUUUAACCGAAGCGAAAGGGUAUCAGUUUUGUUAUGUUUUGUACUCGUAUAAGUAAUGGGAGUGGUGCUAUCUGUUGUUGUAUUCGAUCAUGGUUUAAUCUGCUACUACAGCUUAGUAAUAAUUAUGUCAGUUUACAUACGCAAUUUACCUACUCUUGUUCCUAAGCGCGAUAAUAAACUGCGCACAGCUUAUAUAU